CACAAGACUGGAGCAAUAAGAGAAGAAAAAAGGAAAGCGUCAGAGAGGAGGGUCACUGAGCGUCCAGGAAACGGCUCCCAAACUCAGGGGCUCGGUUUGGAGGAGGCGGGGAGUGGUUUGUUGCUGGAAAAGCUGACAGUCGAACAAGUCAGAGGGGAGGGGAAAAAAAGGAGAGAGGUGGCUGCCUUGACUUUGAGUUGGUCAGUGAAGGCCUCAUGCAGCUUCUCAGCAGUGUCUCCGUUCCAUUUUUAUCCGCCUGACGCUCGUCGGCUUUCAGCAGAUCUCACUGGGAGCCCAGAGGGAAGGGAAAUAAAGAAGUACAUCACAGGAGGGGGAGACGCAAAGGAAAGGAAACAUGAUGACCCAGGAACAGUGCUCUCAUAGGAACAAUGUCCAGAGUUCAGAGAAACCACAAGUGUACAAAGUGGGAAUAUACGGCUGGAGGAAACGCUGCCUUUACUUCUUCGUUCUGCUGCUAAUGAUCCUGAUCCUGAUCAAUCUGGCACUAACUAUUUGGAUCCUCAAGGUCAUGAACUUCACCAUCGACGGCAUGGGCAACCUGAGAAUAACAGAAAAGGGCGUGAAACUGGAGGGAGACUCUGAGUUCCUCCAACCUCUCUAUGCCAAAGAAAUCCGGUCCAGUCCAGGCCGCCCACUGUUCCUACAGUCGUCCAGAAACGUCUCGGUCAACAUCGUGAACAGCAACAACCAGCUGCUCACGCAGCUCGUCACAGGAUCCAGCGGAUUUAAAGCGCGAGGGAAGAUGUUUGAAGUCAAAUCCACCUCCGGGAAGCUGCUGUUUUCCGCUGAUGAGCAGGAGGUAGUGGUCGGCGCAGAGAGACUCCGAGUGAUGGGGGCCGAAGGAGCAGUGUUCAGCAAAUCUGUGGAGACGCCGCAUGUCAGGGCCGAGCCGUUCAAAGAGCUACGGUUGGAGUCUCCCACCCGCUCUUUACUGAUGGAGGCCCCGAAAGGAAUCCAGAUCCUGGCCGAGGCUGGAGACAUCCAGGCCAUCUGCAGGAACGAGCUGCGGCUGGAGUCCAAAGACGGAGAGAUUGCUCUGGAUGCUCAGAGGAUCCGUCUGAUGAGGCUGCCAGAAGGAAAAGCCUCCUCCAGCUCCUCGUCCUCUGGGACUAGGCAGACUGUCUAUGAAGUUUGCGUUUGUCCUAACGGGAGACUUUUUCUGUCCCUUGCUGGCGCCGGAUCCACCUGCCAGAUCAACAACAACGUCUGCCUCUAGGACUACAACUCUAGGAUUUUGUACAACUAUAAAUAAGAUAUUCGGUGGGGGGGGGUUAACAUGCAGAGCAGGCCAAUGUACAAACGCUGUCUGCCUCUAGGACUGAUCCAUGGGGAAUACAAAGACUGCCGGAGCCAACGGACAAACAAAUAAGCGUCAUUUUUCAAUCAAAAACACUUUAACCUUAGGUUCUACUGAUGUGUUUAAAAAGUCAAUAAGGACGAGUUUGCUUUAAGGUUUCUGAAAGGUGCCAAAUUUCAGUGCGAACAUAUAUUUUUCCCUAACUUCUACAAAACUCUAAAGGUUACAGGUUUCAAUACCUUUUUAAUACAGAAGGACAGAAUGGCACUUUUUGCUCUCUACUGGACAGAGACAAGUAUAAAUAAGGUUGGUGUUUGUAUCGUAAUGGCUUGACCCUAAAUGACUCACAUGACACGGCUAUUUAUUAAUAGCAAGCAAACAUAUGAAACACUUAACGUAGAAUUCCAGUGAGUAUUUUCUCCUGACAGGAAUGGAGAGGAAAUUCCUCUAAGAUCCACUAUAAAAGACACUGAUCUGCUCCCUUUUUGUCCCCUGGACCUUCUCAGUGCCAGAACCACUGGGGUCAUCACCCAUGACAACAGGCCAAGCAUCUUUGCUAUUUCAAUUUGGUUUUACAGAACAAUUGAAAAAUAUUUGAUCUGCUGUGUUUGUAUGUGAUUUUAUUUAGCUGAUUUUCACUAUCAGUUUCUACACAAGUUUGGCCAUGUUACCUUCACAUCAAAAUCUGUAAAGUCUGAGCAUUUAACUUAAGUUCAAUCAAAUUACAAAAGUUUGUUAAGGUUUUUAUGCAUAAAGUAUUCAAUAUUUGUCAUCUUCUCCUCAUUAAUCCAAAAUGUCUUCUAUCACACAAGCAGUUAACACCAAAUCAAUCACAGCCAAUUGAUUAAACAAUCAAGUAUUAAAAUAAGUGAUUAUUGUUCACAAUGCUGCAGAGAAAUCACACCCUGAGGUGUUGUAAAUCUUGAGAAAUAUAUUUAAUUUGAGUAAAAAUCUAAUUUAAAGUAGUGUGUUUUCAACCCUCUGCAGCUGUUUUGUCAUUUUGCCUUUUAACAAAAAUAUAUUUCCAACCAGGCUGCUGAGAGAGGCAAAACUUAUAUUAAUUUUAAAACACAAUAAAUAAAUACAUACAUAAAAUAAGCUGCCUGAAACCUUGUGGUGAUCACCCUACUGGUUUCUUGCACUGUAAGUUUAAAAAAAUGAAUUGAACCACUCUUUUGAAAGAGGGGAACUGUGCCUGUGCCUUAUGUCAAUGCACUUGUGGCAAGAAGAAGCACAUCAGACAAACUUUCUUUGACAUUAAUGAGCUUCAUGGUCUGAUUUUAGUUUGGUUUUUAUCCAGUUCACAAACCUUUUCCUUGUGUGCGAAUGCAAAGACCUUCAGCCGCCUCCGACUGUAGACACUCACAUCCGACUGCUGUAAGGGAUACUGCAUGUUGGGUUUUCUUUCAUGUAUCACAAUUUAUAUUUUUGUUUUUAAAAUAUUGCUUUUAAGUGUGUGUUAAAGCUUGACUUGGCAAUCAUGUGAUACUGUGGAGUUUAAACUGUAUUGGUUUGAUUUUUAACACUUACCUUAAGAAUACAUUAAAAUAUAUUUUUGUCAUUAGAAAUGUGUUUGAAAGUCCACCUAUGGUCUUCAGCAUUUGUUAAAUUAUUCACAGGUGAUGUAAAGAUAUACUUUGCAGAAGUUUUGCUACCUUGUUUAAUAACUUUAAAAAUGAUCCAAGCUAAUUAAAUACUUGCGUAAGAAUUUGGACACAUGUAAAAUCCAACUAAAGAAAGGAUGUUUUAUGAAUUGUGUUGUACAUUUCAACUUGCAAACCUCCAUUUUCCUGUGAUCAUAACACCCCUUCAACAUUGGCAGUAUGGUGGCAAUGUUCAGCAUUUAAAUUAACAUUACAAGACUCAAACCGCCCAUGAACCGGUGAAGGGUUUGCAUACAAUGAGGCAAAAACAAGCUUGACAAUUAUGUGUCAAAAAUGUGCCACGUAGUACAGCUUUGGUCAGUAAAAAAUAAAGAACUUAUUUGAUAAUCUUUGCUGUUGUUUUUUAAGCUCCAUAUGAUCAAAUAAAACCUUUGUUGAGAUAUGAAGGACUUCUGAGGAGGUUCAUAUGAUUUAAAAAGUAGUCAUUUUAGACUACAGUUUUAUAAACGGUGUAUGAAAAUCACUUUACUGAAGAUUAGGCUUUUGUCAAUGUUUGCAGUUAGAAGAAAGGACGUGUAGAUGUUGGUAAAAGAAAAUGGUGUGUCUGCAGUGUGUUCAACUGUUUGGAAAAUGUUCCUGAACCAGAUGAAAAACACUUUAAGAUAAAAAAAAAAAGGGUUUAAUUCAAUAACAUGUUUAUGUGGAUUUUUAGAGAAACUUGCCACUUUUUUCCUGAUUUAUUUGCCAUAUGAUGUGUUUUAACCUUCCAGCUGCUGUGCUUCAAGUUUGUCUCUGUGAGGAAGGGAAGAGGUGGAGUUGUUGAAUUUGCAGCUGAUUUGUACAAAGUUGUGACCCAACUAGAGAUGAAACAUGGAGAGGAGGUGAAAAUGGCUCUUUUUGUAUAGAUUUUGAUGCAAAUUAGUAUCUUUAAUUACAUAAAUCUUUUUAGAAUUAAUUUGAUCAAAAUAUUUUUUGACAGACCUAAUUAUGAAUCACCAUAAACUAAACACAUGUAUGAAGCUAAUCCAGAUGUUUGAGUGCCAAGAAACAGUCAACACAAGUAAAAGAAUACUUCAGAUUUGUAACAGGAAUGGAUUUUUUUUUUUGCUAUAUCUUCAAGAUGUCCUUCUCCAAAUAUUGAGUUAUAUUUUAUAAAUUUAAAAAUAAUUUGGUGACAAAAGAUAUGAUUUUCCAUUACAAGAGACUUGCAUGUGACAUCCUCACUCACGCUAUUUAUAUCACCAUAUUGGUUAUCAAUCCAACGUUUAGCGAUGUUAAAAUAUACGGUGUGGAUAAAACCCACUAUAAAGUUUAUAACGCUGAUCUAAAACUAGCCAAAGACAGAGGCUCUCUAUACCAGACAUUCUUCUCUGCACACUUCCGCUAAUCCACUAAUGUGCUAACAGUGGAGCUAAUGUUUCAUGCAGCGCUUUGCUAACUUUGAAAAUGGUUAAAUAUAUUUUUCUGGAUAAAUUCCAGAGAGCUAAAUUACUUGUCUGUUUUGUAAACUUUCAGUCGAAUUGAGAUCGACAUCUGUGUUAAUGUUUUAGUUAAUCACUUAAGAAUUCAAGCAAUUAGCCGUUUUCAUGCUCUUAUUUUGAAGGGGGUGAAGACGUUCUGUUUCCUCUCCUUGUGUUCUUUCUCUUUUUUUUUCCCAUACCUGAUUUCUAAUAAGAUACAAACAGAACAAAAUAUAAUAUUGACAAUAGCGAACAAUACAUAAGCAUAAAUACAAUAUCUAAGGGCCAUAUUGAACAUGUAAAUUAUGUCAAAAUUAAAUCAGUGCUUGAGGAUUGCAGUCCUUUAAGGGCAGACAUAAUUUGAAUUUAAAUGUUUUAAAUAAAGUAUUGAAAGCACUUUUUCAGAAUUAAUGUUUAUAAUUUGUUCUGCAGGGCUAGCACAGCUAAUUGUGUAGUCAGCGGUGUCCACUACUCUUAAUAACCAAUAUGCAAGACAUUUGGACUCAAAAUGUUACAUCUUUUUUAAAAUUCCCUGUUGCAAAGCAAAAUAAUCUCUUUUUUUUUCAAAGAUAAGUUAUAGUCAAGGACAUAGGAAUAUUUCUAGUAUAUUAGGACAGUUUUAGAAGAUGGAGUAACUUUAAGCAUAAAGUUCAGUUUUUUAAUUUUACUCCUACAAGUAAAGUUACCACCACCUUCAUAUCACAAUUUAAUUAUUCAACAUCUUUAGUGUUUUGUAUCCUCUCUUAGUCAGAUGUGCCAACUUUUCCUUCUGUUUCCUAUGUCACUGUACAAUAUAGAUUUUCCCACAAAACUCAACCUGAAUCUGCUGUAUUUACUUUUUGAAUACAUGUUAACAGACUUUUAUAGGGCUGUGAAUGUAAAUAAUGUAAACAUAAAUGCGAUGAUGUGGCGUUAAACAGAAACGUUGCUCUUUUAGAAGCCUUUUUUUUAUGUACGAUACAUGUUUUUAUACUGAAAAGGGCAAAAAGUUCUCCCAAAAAGUUAAAAGGUAUUCAUGGACUCAGCAUGUACAGCAGUGAAUACAACGCUGGCCUGUGGAGAAGAAGCUCGUUUUGAUUUUUUUCCAUGUUCUCGUGUCGCCGGCUGAGCUCAGAUGUUUGCUACAAACACAAAGCUGCAGAUGUUUUUGUUUUCCUACGUUGGUGCUGAGGUCUUUGCAUUCCUUCUAAGUGUGCUGUGUGUAAAUUUGCGCUUGUAUGAGCUACGUUUGGUUCUUCUGCUCCGCUGAAUGUGUUGGAUGGUUGCCAGUGAAUCAAACACAGAAAACAACUGAAAACCUAAAGGGAAAGAGCAGAAGAAACAUCUGCACAGUGUUGAGGAGUAUUGUUUUUGCACAUAUGUAAUUUACUAAAACAUUCCCACUUAAAUAUGUUUAGGUUUAAUUUCUUGCUAAUAACAUGAGUUUUAAUUUCACCCAUCCAGGAUUUGUUUUACUAAUCAGUCAGUUAUUCAGUCAUGGUAAGUGAUAAGUAAACUAAUUAAUGCAAGAAAGUUCUACCUGCUUGUUAACUAUAAACAUCCAACAAGGUGUACAAAAACACACACAAAGUGAAAUUCUAAAGUUAUUUACCUUCACUGUGCCAAAAACAAUCCCCUCAGCGCUGUGCUUUCACUCUGAACACUGUGUACCUUCUUUUCUUGACAGCCCACUCGUUUUUCCAUCUUUUCUUUACACUUCAGUCAGAAACUGCCGUUCAUGGAGUAGUUUUCAAAGAUGCCAAAAUAAAAAAAGGCAUUGUUCAAACCGGC